AGUUAGUUUCUUAUCCCAUUUUCCAUUUCAUCACAACUUCUUCUUCUUCUUCUUCUUCUUUCUCUAUUUUCCAACACCUCAAAUCUCUCACUGCCCAUUUUUAGAUUUUCUGUUUUGAGCAAAACCCAUCUAAGAUUGCGUUCUCUUCUUCUGUUUUUCUUAUUGUGUUAUCUUUUCUCUUCUUCUGUUUUUGUUAUUGUGUUAUCUUUUCUUUUCUUUGCGUUUGGGAAGAAGGAAAAGAAAGAGUUAUGGGUCUCAUUAUGUCUAAGGACAUUGCCAACUUCAUUGUUUCCACUCUUUUCCAUGAAAAGGAGUGUGGCAAACUCCUGGUCUCUCGCUCCGGGAGACUCUUGCAGCGCUACGACGAGCAGGGUUUGCGCCAAGUUGUAGGAUGCAUACCGUACAGAUACACCAAAACUGAUCAAUUUUCUUCUGUUGAGGAGGAUUUAGAAGUGCUUUUGAUUAGUUCUCAAAAGAGUCAAAGAAUGAUGUUCCCAAAGGGAGGUUGGGAACGUGAUGAGUCUAUGGAAGAAGCAGCUUUAAGAGAGACUCUAGAGGAAGCUGGUGUAGGAGGAGAAGUUGAGAGUAUGUUGGGUAAAUGGCAUUACUUGAGCAAAAGAGAAUGCAAAAGAAUAGUUCAUGAGGCUUAUAUGUUCCCUAUGCUUGUUCAAGAAGAAUUAGAAUUUUGGCCAGAAAAAGACCUCAGAAAUCGCCAAUGGAUGUCUGUUGCUCAAGCUAGAGAAGCUUGUCAAUCUCUGUGGAUGAAGGAAGCCUUGGACAAAUUAGUUGCCAGACAAAUGAACCUAACAAAUUAAAGAAAAGGCUGAGGCGAAAUGUACAUAAGAACGCGGCUGCCAUCGAAAUUUUUCGGUUUUACAUAGCAGGGGAGCUGUGGAAAUUGCCAAGAGAAAUCACUCAUCUUCCCACAAAACUCAAAAGUGCAAGAGAAUUGAGGAAGUUGAAGAGGAGAUGGAAUUAUGAGAAAGAAAAUCAAAGGGUCUUCCCCGAAAACCUUAAGCUCGAAAUCGCCACAAGUCCAAGAGAUGGGAUUGUGAAAGGAAAACCAAGGACUUUGUUGAUGAACUCAAACUCCAUGAUCGAGAAAACAAGUUUGGAGAUGGAAUUGUGGAAAAGAAAUCUGCAGUCUCUAUUUUGUUCAAAGAAAAUGAGUGUCUCAUCACUCCGAAAACUCGAAUUCAAAGUGCAUGAAUUGGGGAGUUGGAGAGGGCAUUCUCUGGUUGCUGAGUUUCUGGUGUUUGUUAAUAACGCUAUGAAAAGUGGACUGUGAUAACAGAACAAGCUUACCCUCCUAUUAAUUCAUUCAUUUAAUUGAUUAAAAUUGUGAAAUCUGUGAUUUUUUUCCUUUGUAGUCUCACUCUGAUUCUCACCCACUCUUUGCAUUGAAUCAAGGGAACCUUUAGGCAGUUCCAAGCCCCCUCAAGCAAAAAUAAAAAUAAAAAAUUAAUAAGAAAUGCAAAUUUUCCUUCAUAGCAUUUGCUGCAAUAAUACAUAAGAAGAAUAUUUUUUUUUU